AUGCCUGCCAAAGCUGCUGAGAAGAAGCCAUCCACUGGUGGCAAGGCCCCAGCUGGAAAGGCUCCUGCAACGGAAAAGAAGGAGGCCGGCAAGAAAACCGCUGCCGCUCCAUCUGGUGAGAAGAAGAAGAGGGGAAAGACCCGGAAGGAAACCUACUCCAGCUACAUCUACAAAGUCCUCAAGCAAGUCCACCCAGAUACUGGUAUUUCCAACCGUGCAAUGUCCAUCCUGAACUCCUUCGUCAACGACAUCUUCGAGCGUGUCGCAACUGAAGCUUCCAAGCUUGCGGCCUACAACAAGAAAUCCACCAUCUCAUCGCGAGAGAUCCAAACGUCCGUUCGACUUAUCCUCCCUGGUGAACUGGCCAAGCAUGCCGUGUCAGAGGGCACAAAGGCAGUGACCAAAUACUCCAGCUCAAGCAAAUAG